UAAAAGACAGAGCUCCCGCUUGGCAUAAAGAAGCCAGCUUUACGUCAGCGAACUGACAGAGUGGGUCGCCAAACUCGGCAGCUGAGUGGCUCAAGUGCUGGCAGCCACACAGCUCCCCGCGUUAGGGCACCCCACAGCCACAGCGAACCAAUUGUGGCACAGGGCCAGUCCACACAGAAAUUUGGCAAAAAUAUCGCUUCACUGAUCUAGACAUUCUCGAGUCGCAACCUCUGCCUUUCUCAACCACCGAGUCAAUCCCGUCCCUUUCACAUCACCAAGGUAGGCAGGGCAAGAUGGGACGCGUCAUCCGCAACCAGCGUAAGGGUCGCGGCAGUAUCUUCACUGCCAACACCCGCCUGAACAAGGCCCCCGCCAAGUUCAGAUCUCUCGAUUUCGCCGAACGUCAUGGCUACGUUCGCGGUAUCGUGAAGGAGAUCAUCCACGACCCCGGCCGUGGUGCUCCCCUCGCCCGCGUUCAGUUCAACUCGCCCUAUAAGUUCAAGAAGGUCACCGAGACCUUCAUUGCCAACGAAGGCAUGUACACCGGCCAGUUCAUCUACGCCGGCAAGAACGCCGCUCUUACCAUCGGCAACGUCCUCCCCCUCGCUUCCGUCCCCGAGGGUACCGUCGUCUCCAACGUCGAGGAGAAGGUCGGUGACCGUGGUGCGCUCGGCCGCACCUCCGGCAACUACAUCACCGUUGUCGGCCACAACCCCGAUGAGGGCAAGACCCGCAUCAAGCUCCCCUCCGGCGCCAAGAAGGUCGUCAGCUCCAGCGCUCGCGGCAUGAUCGGUAUCGUUGCUGGUGGUGGCAGAACCGACAAGCCCCUCCUCAAGGCUUCUCGUGCCAAGCACAAGUUCGCUGUCAAGCGCAACAGAUGGCCCAAGACUCGUGGUGUUGCCAUGAACCCCGUCGACCAUCCUCACGGUGGUGGUAACCACCAGCAUAUCGGUAAGGCGUCUACCAUUUCCAGAUACGCCGCCCAGGGUCAAAAGGCGGGUCUCAUUGCUGCCCGCAGAACGGGUCUGCUGCGUGGUACCCAGAAGACGAAGGAGUAA